AGCACGAGAAAAAAGGAAAAAAGAAAAGAAAAACAGCAACAAGGGUUUUCCUUUGGUUUUCUCUCUUCAGUUCUUUCAACUUUCACCGAUCAUCCAUGGCUCAUAGCUCUGCCUCCGAUUCCCGCCAACACCUCACUGUCAACCCUCCCCACCCGAUCUCCAAAGAUGUUCAGGGAUCUGAGAAUCCUAUUCCGCUUUCUCCACAAUGGCUUCUGCCAAAGCCAGGGGAGAGUAAGCCUGGACUAGGAACUGUGGAAAGUCAUCCUGCUCCUUAUAUAGCUCAUGGCAGUCGCUCUGAUGUCAUGAAGCCAUCAGGAAAUGGUGAGGAGAUGCAUGAUACCCUGAAGAAGAAGGAUGUUUUCAGGCCAUCCUUACUUGAUAUGGAAACUGGUCGCCGAGACCGCUGGCGUGAUGAAGAACGAGACACCCAUUCAUCUGUGCGCAAAGAUCACUGGAGGGAUGGAGAUAAAGAGCUCAGUGACACCCGCAGAAUGGAUCGAUGGGCAGAUAACUUGCCUUCAAGACACUUCGGAGAAGCACGCCGUCCUCCCUCUGAGCGGUGGACUGACUCAGGUAACAGGGACUCAAACUAUGAUCAACGGCGUGAGAGCAAAUGGAACACACGCUGGGGACCUGAUGAUAAAGACACUGAAAGCUUGCGUGACAAGUGGACGGACUCUGGCAGAGAUGGUGAUAUGCCUCUUGAUAAAGGGCUGUCACAUCUUUCUAGUCACGGGAAGGAUGAGAGGGAGGGGGAUCACUAUCGGCCAUGGAGAUCCACCUCUUCUCAAAGUCGAGGAAGGGGAGAGCCUCCUCAUCACCAAACACUAACUCCAAGCAAACAGGUUCCCACAUUUUCCUACAGCCGGGGACGUGGAGAAAACCACCCUUCAACAUUUUCUGCUGGCCGUGGAAGGGGAAGUUCUGGUGGAAAUCCAGUGGCUAGCGUAUCUUCUCAUCGUCAAUCUCUCGGAACCAUAUCAGACAAGAGUGAAAUUGGCCAUGGGGAGCCGUCCCCUUUAAGAUAUAAUAGGACAAAAUUGCUUGAGUUAUAUAGGAGAACUGACAUGAGAAUUUAUCAAAAACUCAUAGAAGAACUUGUACAAGUGCCUUCUCUUACACAGAAUGAACCAUUGGAACCUCUAGCUCUUUGUGCUCCAAAUUCUGAUGAAAUGGUUGUUCUGAAGGGAAUUGACAAAGGGGACAUAACAAGUAGUGGUGCUCCUCAGGUGCCUAAAGAUGGGCCUGCUGGCCGGAACUCAAUAGAGUUUACUCAUUCAAGACGAAACAAGAUUGGCAGCAGGGAAGAUUUACUGCCUGCUGUUGACGAUUGUAAAGAUGAAAGUGUGGAUGUUCCGAAGAGCAGUUAUUCAAAUUACUUAGAGGGUUCGCCACUUGAAAAGCAUAAGGGAUACCCAGACAGUAAAUUCAAACCCGAAGCUAUGGAUGAUACCGGUUCUUACAGAAAGGCUGAUGAGGUGCCCAUAAGUAGGGAAAUAAGCUCACAAGUGACUAACUCUGUUAAUCCUGGCACCAUGUGGCGAGCCUCAUCUUUGGGAGAACGGUCACAUACAGUGGCACAUGAUUGGAAGGAGAUUCCAAAUGAUGUCAGGUCAAGAACCCCUGAUAUAUGCUGGUCACAACCACAGAACGAUAUGAUUAACCAACGAGAAAGUAAUGUGAUGAAUUCAUCCUAUUCCAGAGAUGAAACGAAUUGGCAAACCAGUGAGGAUCCUAUUCUUAAGAGGCAACCAUCUGGAGUUUUGGAGAGGGAACCUGAACUGAGGAAGCUGCCUGCUCCAGAGGACCUUCUCCUACACUACAAAGAUCCUCAAGGUGAAAUUCAAGGCCCUUUUUCAGGGAUUGACAUUAUAGGUUGGUUUGAGGCAGGAUAUUUUGGGAUAGAUUUGGAAGUUCGGCUUGCAAGUGCACCCAAGGACUCACCGUUUUCUUUACUUGGUGAUGUAAUGCCACAUUUACGAGCUAAAGCACGACCACCACCUGGAUUUGGUGUGCAAAAACAGGGUGAACUCUCAGAUGUGUCAAGCAGGCCAAACUUGAGUAGCUUUGGGAAAGUUCAUGUUGGUGCAAGUGAGGUUGAUAUUAUCAGAAAUGAGCCAAGACCUAAACAUGGUUCAACAACAGAAGCUGAAAAUAGGUUUCUGGAGUCACUCAUGUCUGGCAGCUUGAGCAAUCCAUCUCAAGGUCUGCAAGGCUAUAUUGCUAAUAAUUCUAGUAGCAUUCCGGCAUCUGGUAUAGAAAGUGGAAAUGACCUCUAUCUCUUGGCCAAGAGAAUGACGCUUGAAAGGCAGAGGUCAUUACCAAAACCCUACCCUUAUUGGCCAGGGAGAGAUGCUGCAUCUAUGGUUUCAAAGUCAGAGAUCAUCUCUGACUCACCUGCACCUCAUGCAAAGCUCCUAACAUCAUUGACUGACAACAUUCUUCAGCCACCUCAUUCACAAGGUGCUGAUAUGAUGUCCAUCCUCCAAGGAUUAUCUGAAAGAUCUGCUCCUGGAGUAAACAAUAGUGUUGGUGGUUGGUCAAAGUUCCCAUCACAAGGUGCUUUGGAUCCUCUUCAAGAUAAGAUUGAGUUACAUCACGCGCAGAGUUUUCCAACCCAAGCAUCAUUUGGGAUCCAGCAACAGAGGCUGCAAACACCAACCCCACCUUCCUUGACAAGUUUGCUUGGUCAAACUAUGGAUAACUCAUCUGGUAUUUUAACAUCAGAAAAGUUGAUCUCCUCUGGUUUAUCUCAAGACCCCCAACUGCUAUUGUUGCAGCAGCAGCAGCAAUAUUUGAUGCAGCAGCUACCACCCCAGGCAUCAGUAACUACACAACAUAUGUUAUUACUUGAGAAGAUCAUGUUGCUUAAGCAGCAACAGAGACAGGAGGAACAGCAACAGUUGUUACGGCAACAACAGUUGCUUUCACAGGUUUAUCAAGAACAUCAGUCCCAGCAGCAUUUUGGUGAGCCUUCUUAUGGACACUUACAGGCUACUACAAUGCCAACUGGAAAUGCAUCAGUGGAUCCCAAUCGACUCCAGUCAUCACAAGAUAUGCUUCAGAUUGGCUCACAGAUACAACUCCCAGCCACCCAAGAUGAACAUGCCAAUAACUUUAUGAAUCUGCCUCCGCAAGCUACCAAGGAUAUGGGUUAUGCUGUUAGUUCUGAAGCUCCUCUGCAUUUGCCGCACCAGAUGUUUGGUAGUAUCAAUCGUCAGAUGAGCUGGGGAACUAAUGCCCCAGAACAGGUUAAUGACAUUCAACAGUCUUUGCCAGUGACAACAAUUGUUGAAAGCUCACCUUCAAUGGAAGUGAUGACUUUAUCCUCCCAGGAGGCUGCUCUUGUGCAGGCCCCCUUCAUUGCUUCUGACUGUCAUGCUCUUAAACCGGAGCAGCCACUGGACGAUGCUCAGAAGAUGGAUGACAUUGUACCAAUUGCAGCCGCAGGGAAUGAUGCAAAUUGUGUAACUCUGGAGCACCCUGAAAUUGCUAUUACUAGAACCUCUAAAAUUGAUACACCUAUUAAUGAGCAUGUUCAACCUACUGCUGCUAUUGAUGAACUGCAAGUUGAAAGAGAAAGAAGUGAUGAUCAGCCUUCUGUGGUGAGAGAAGUUAAGAAUGUUGAAGCUCGUGAGGUAAGAAAAGCUUCAGAAAAGAAGACUAGAAAGCAAAAAUCUAGUAAGUCGUUACAAGCUUCUGACCAGGCAAAGGGAGUUGCAAAGGCUUCCUCUUCGGUGCAGUUGAAACCAUCUGAAACUGAAGAGCCAGUUGUUGGUGACACUAACACUGCAGGAGAUAACCUUUAUGGAACAUCUCCAAGAAAGAGGGAAGAGAAUAAAUCCAGAAUUGCCACCGUUGUCCACAUGGAUUCUCAAUAUGUUCAAAGCUCUUCAGCUGCAAAUGUUGGUAUUGCUGAUGCUGAAACCACAGAACACAAGGGUGAAUCCAGACUUUCUGAUUCUUUUCCAGCACAGAACACGCCGAUACAGCCUGCCUUACGUGCUUGGAAACCUGCUCCUGGUUUCAAGGCAAAGUCAUUGUUGGAAAUACAACAGGAAGAACAAAGGAAGGCACAAGCUGAGAUGGCUGUAUCAGAGAUUACUUCUUCUGUGAACUCCAUGAGUUUGUCAACUCCUUGGGCUGGAGUUGUGGUUAGCUUGGAACCCAAAGUUUCUAGAGAAAGUCAAAGAGAUGCAGAUAUUAUCGAGGCAGCUGUUGGGAAACCUGACAAUUCUGCAAAUCCAAAUAGUGAAAAGAGCCCAUUACAUGAUCUGUUGGCAGAAGAAGUUUUGGGAAAAUCCAGCGAAAGAGAUGCAGAUGUUCCUGACAGUAUUUCUACUUUAUCGUCUGUUCAUAUUACCACCACAAAUGUGGAACCUAUUGAUGAUGACAACUUUAUUGAGGCGAAAGAAACUAAAAAGAGUCGGAAAAAGUCUGCAAAAGCAAAGGGUGCAGGAGCAAAAGUGUCGGUUCCUCUUACUCCUGCUGAAGUGCCUGUUAGUGCAAGUCCUGUUGAGAAAGGCAGAAGUUCUCGUCCUGCGCAGCUGGAGAAGGAAGUAUUGCCUUCAAUUCCGUCAGGUCCUUCUUUGGGAGAUUUUGUUCCUUGGAAAGGGGAGCAAGUAAACCCUUCCCCUGUGCCAGCUUGGUCUACUGAUUCUAAGAAACUUUCUAAACCCACAUCAUUAAGAGACAUCCAAAAGGAGCAGCAGAAGAGGAAUUCCUCUGUCCAGCCCACAAAUCCAAUACCAACUCCUCAAAAAUCCCAGCCAAGUCAGUCAACUCAUGGUGCUGCUUCAUCAUGGUCCAUCACUGCAUCUUCACCAUCGAAGGUUGCAUCUCCCAUCCAUAUUAAUUCACAUGCAUCUUCUCAGUCAAAAUAUAAAGUCGAAGAUGACCUAUUCUGGGGCCCUAUUGAUCAGACAAAGCAAGAAACAAAGCAAGCUGAUUUCCCGCAUCUAGCAAACAUGGGCAGUUGGGGAACCAAAAAUACUCCUGUUAAAGGAAUUGCAAGCGGGUCAUUAAGCCGACAGAAGUCAGUGGGUGGCAGACAAAUUGAGACUACUCUGUCAUCCUCUCCUGCCUCUGCAUCUUCCCUCAAAGGGAAAAGGGACACAUCGGCCAAGCAUUCUGAGGCCAUGGAUUUCAGAGAGUGGUGCGAGAGUGAGUGUGUUAGGCUUAUUGGGACAAAAGAUACAAGUUUCUUGGAAUUUUGUUUGAAGCAAUCUAGAUCAGAGGCUCAGAUACUUCUGGUAGAGAACCUCGGUUCAUUUGAUCCGAACCACGAGUUCAUUGAGAAAUUUCUCAACUACAAGGAGUUGUUACCAGCAGACGUACUUGAGAUUGCCUUUCAAAAUCGAAAUGACCUAAAGUUCACAGAGGCAAGUGCCAGAAAUGUAAAUUCUGGCAAUACGGCUGCUGGUGACUUUGACCAGGAUAAUGCAGUCGGCCCAGAUGGUUCUUCAAAGGGCGGAAGCAAGAGGAAGGGGAAGAAGGGAAAGAAGGUGAGUCCCGCUGUUUUGGGAUUCAACGUUGUCAGUAACCGGAUCAUGAUGGGUGAGAUUCAGACGGUAGAAGAUUGAUAUUUUCGAGAGAACAUAGUGGGUGAGAUUCAGAGGGUAGAAGAUUUUCGAGAGGUCGGUGUAAAUACAUUUGGCUUUACUGUUUGUAAAUGUUCUAAGUUGGGAUUUUUUCCCCCGCCUCCUUACAGAGUAACAGCAGCAGCAGUAAUUUUGAAUCUGCUCAAGCGAUUUUGUUGAAGAAGAUGUCAGUUGCGGUGAAGUCAUUUAUUUUUAAUUACAAGAGAGGUUCAUCAUA